CCGCCAUGAAAUCCCGCCCGAGAUCUCGCGAGGUUUCGGCGCGCUCCCCCCGAGCACGAUGCCGCGCAGGAAUGUGAAAGGCGCGCGCCCGCCGCCAUUUUCUCUCUUUCUUGGCAGACAGCGGCAGCGGCCGGAGCGGCGCCGGGGCGGCCAUGGCGGACUAUUCCACGGUGCCCCCUCCUGCCGCGGGCGCGCCCGGGGGAGGCGGCGGUGGGGCUGGAGGAGUGAACGAUGCCUUUAAAGACGCGCUGCAAAGGGCUAGGCAGAUUGCAGCGAAAAUUGGAGGAGAUGCUGGCACAGCAAUGAAUUCAAACGACUACGGUUAUGGAGGGCAGAAAAGACCUCUUGAGGAUGGAGAUCAACCAGAUGCUAAGAAAGUUGCUCCCCAGAACGACUCUUUUGGAAAUCAGCUACCACCGAUGCAUCAGCAGCAAAGGUCUGUGAUGACAGAGGAGUACAAAGUUCCAGAUGGGAUGGUUGGAUUCAUAAUUGGCAGAGGUGGAGAGCAGAUCUCACGCAUACAGCAAGAGUCUGGCUGUAAAAUACAGAUUGCACCUGAUAGUGGAGGCCUGCCCGAAAGAUCGUGUAUGCUAACUGGAACACCAGAGUCUGUUCAGUCAGCAAAAAGAUUACUUGAUCAGAUAGUUGAAAAGGGAAGACCUGCACCUGGAUUUCAUCAUGGUGAUGGACCUGGAAAUGCAGUCCAAGAAAUUAUGAUUCCAGCAAGUAAAGCAGGAUUAGUUAUUGGGAAAGGUGGAGAGACAAUUAAACAAUUACAGGAGCGGGCAGGUGUCAAAAUGGUCAUGAUUCAAGAUGGUCCACAGAACACUGGUGCAGACAAGCCCCUUAGGAUAACUGGAGAUCCUUAUAAAGUUCAGCAAGCCAAGGAAAUGGUGCUGGAGUUAAUUCGUGAUCAAGGUGGCUUUAGAGAGGUGCGCAACGAAUAUGGGUCGAGAAUAGGAGGAAAUGAAGGGAUAGACGUUCCAAUACCACGAUUUGCUGUAGGUAUUGUAAUUGGAAGAAAUGGAGAGAUGAUUAAAAAGAUCCAGAAUGAUGCUGGUGUUAGGAUCCAAUUUAAGCCAGAUGAUGGAACAACUCCAGAUAGAAUAGCCCAGAUCACAGGGCCUCCUGACAGAUGUCAACAUGCUGCAGAAAUUAUUACGGAUCUUCUUCGCAGUGUUCAGGCUGGUAACCCUGGUGGACCAGGACCUGGUGGUCGAGGAAGGGGUAGAGGCCAAGGCAACUGGAACAUGGGGCCUCCUGGUGGAUUGCAAGAGUUCAAUUUUAUUGUCCCUACUGGCAAAACUGGAUUAAUCAUUGGAAAAGGUGGUGAAACUAUUAAAAGUAUAAGCCAACAGUCUGGUGCUAGAAUAGAACUUCAGAGAAAUCCUCCACCUAAUGCGGAUCCAAACAUGAAGAUGUUUACUAUUCGUGGAACACCCCAGCAAAUAGAUUAUGCACGACAACUUAUAGAAGAAAAGAUUGGAGGUCCAGUGAAUCCAUUGGGUCCACCUGUUCCCCAUGGUCCCCAUGGUGUUGUUCCUGGCCCGCAUGGGCCUCCUGGGCCGCCGGGUCCUGGUGCUCCCAUGGGACCAUAUAAUCCAGCUCCUUAUAACCCAGGCCCUCCUGGUCCUGCACCUCAUGGUCCUCCAGCUCCAUAUGCUCCACAGGGAUGGGGAAAUGCUUAUCCACACUGGCAGCCGCCAAACCCACCAGACCCAGGUAAGCCAGGAACAGAUCCCAAUUCAGCGGCGUGGGCAGCUUAUUAUGCUCACUAUUAUCAGCAGCAAGCACAGCCACCACCUGCAGCCCCUCCUGGUGGACCAGCUACAACCCAAACUAAUGGACAAGGAGAUCAGCCAAAUCCAGCACCAGCAGGGCAGGUUGACUAUACCAAGGCCUGGGAGGAGUACUACAAAAAAAUGGGUCAAGCUGUUCCUGCCCCUGCUGGGGCUCCUCCAGGCGGUCAGCCAGAUUACAGUGCAGCGUGGGCUGAGUACUACAGGCAGCAGGCAGCGUACUACGCUCAGACAAGUCCACAGGGAAUGCCACAGCAUCCUCCAGCACCACAGGGCCAAUAAUAAGAAGUGGACAAUACAGUAUUUGCUUCAUUGUGUGGGGGAAAAAACCUUUGUUAAAUGUAUGGAUGCAGACGCCUUGAUGAAGAUCUUAAUUUUGGUUAAAAAAAUAGUGUUUUUGAAAAUGUACAAAAUAUCUAUCACUACUGAUAGGAGGUAAUAUUUCUGUGUAGAAAUGAAAAAAAUGGUUUGUUUUUUAGUAUUAGUGUAGAUGUACACAUUCCAGCAAAUGUAUUUGCAAUUAUGUGGUCAAUGCUUUGUGAUAUAAAUGUACUUUUUCAAUGUAUACUUUAUCACUUUUAAAAUGCCUGUUUUGUGCUUUACAAUAAAUAAUAUGAAACCUCCUGUGUCGGUAAGUUGGAUAUGUGGGUAUAUGCAGAAUUAAUUGUAGGAUUGAUUUGCAACGCUGAAUCAAGGUACCUGUACACAAAUGAGUUGGGUUUUUUUCCCCCCCCCAUAAACCUUGUUGAGUUUAAAAACUUGUCGUUAGCAUGUUUUUCCCCUCUUGCAGAAUAGCUGUAGAUGGAGGAUCUCUUUCAUUCAUUGUAUUUUGCUGCCUAGCACCAGGAAUCUUGAUACCUUAAUUUUCUUUCUACUUGAUUAAAACUGCAUGUGUUUAAGAAGAUGAUCUUUUGGCAUACUUCCAUUGCAUUAACAGUGAAAUUUCCUUUUAUACAUGACCACUGUUUCAGACCUGUGCAGCUGCUAUAACAGAUAACUUUUGUUUUUAAUUGAAUACUUCAAAACUGUUCAUGCAUAACUAUUUUAUGGAUUUUUUCAAACUAGUUAUAAAACUUACUUAAGUGUAAUGUGCUUAAGCCUUCAGUUUAAAGUAGUCCACUUCAAAAUUCAGUGUAGAAAAUUCAAUGUGGUAAUGCAUAGUAGUUAAAGCGCUGUUUUGUUUGAGUGGUGGGAGUGGUUGAGAACUUCCUGCAGAGCAGAUAACUUCUCUUUUUGUAAAUAUUCAAGUAUUUGAAUCAACUGAUUAUUUUUUUAUAUAUACUUGAAAGUUCUUAUUGCUCUAAUGCUCAUACUAAAAAGCUGAUUCUCUUGAAAUCCUAUGUUUGCUCUUUGCAUAUUUAUUGGCUCUUUGCAUAUAUUAGACUACAUGCACUACAGUCUGUCUUGCCAUUGUCUGUUGAAGUGCAGGUUUGAUCCAGCCAGUAUAGAACUAGCUCUAUAGGGGUGAGGAGGACUGUGCUGUGUAUCAUCCUUGAUUGUUCCUUCAAGGAGCAUUGCACUGUAAGUACAUCAGAAUGACAAAUUGAUGAACUGCAACAGUAUCUUUUUGUCAAUGUUCCACAUAAUGCAAAUGCUGUACUUGUGUGAUAUUAUGUUGGAAUACAGUGCUGGUAUCUUAGGAAAUCAUAAUUGCUUCUUAAUUUGGAAACGUAGGUUUGCUUAUAUAUAUACAUACACAUAAUUUGAGUUUUGUGGGUAAGUAUUCCUGAAACUUUCAGCAAUAGCUAAAGAAAAUCAUGUUUCUGUGUAUCUGAGUAAGAGUUUUUUUUCAUCAGUACUCCUGACACAGUUGUCAUUCAGUGUUUUAAAGUAUGCAUAUCAUAACAUUGAAGUCUUUGGAACCACUUGUUAGACAGAGUUGUCUUUGUCUUCAGAUAGUUUGCGGAUAUGUAGUGAUGUAGGUAUGUUUUAAAUAAUUCUAUAACUGUUAAUUGCUUUAAUUUUUGGAACACCAUGUUGCUUUGAGAAUAAAUUUUUUUAGGGUGGCUGCACAGAGAAGUAAAAGUUAAGGCUUGAAAACUGAAGUAGUUUUUUCAGGUAAUCAGCAAUGUAUGUAUUGUGCUGUAGAAAUAGGAGGAAUUAUUUUUAUCCCUUUUAAAACUAGGAAUUAUGCUGGUAGCUUGAAGAAGGCUAGGACAGUAUUUGCUAUCUUUAGUGUAGGGUAUUAAGUUUAAUAGUUCAGGUAUUUUGCAUGGUAUUUUGUAGAUAACCUUACAGAAUGGUGCAUUUAUUAUGUACUAAACUGAGCAAAAUUAAAUUCACUGGAUUCUUUAUCAUUCACAAAAUGGAGGCUGUUGAUUUUGAUUCAUUUAAGGUAUAAAAUCUUUAUUAAUUGCAAACAGUGCAAUUAUUUAUACUUCACAGUGCCUUCCCAGACCUUCCACCUUAGGUUCUGCUGCAAAAAAGCAACAGGUAAGCACAACCUAAGGAAGUAUAUAAAUUAAUAUAUUUCAGUACAUUAAUGUUGUCCCUGUGAGAUCUUUGUGGUUGUGUAUUGAAAAGCAAUCUGCUGCUUCCCCAAAUGCAUUGUUUCUCACGGUUCCAUCUGAGUGGAAAAUCUUAAGUUUUUAAACAACUGUUUAUAUUUCUAGGUCAAUAUGUAUUUUUUUCUUUUUUUUUUUAAGAAAAGAUUAUUAGAUUGCAGUAAUUAAACUUGAUCAGAAUAAGUAACUUUUGUUAUUUUACUUUAAAUAGAUAAUUGUUGCAAUUAAAGAAUCAAAACUUUUAAAAUAUGCAGGAAUUGCUUUGGUUAGAAAUGUCAACAGCCUUCACAAAUGUUUUUUUUAUAAUAGGGCACUAUUCCCACUUAAUCGCUAAGACCUAAAUGUAAAGAAUGACUUCUUGUUGUUAUCACUGAACUUGAUAACUUGUCUUACAGUUACAGUGUGUUAGUGGAAUCUUUAGAUAACUUAGUUUGCUUAUUCAUAUUUGACAUGAUAGGAAAAGAGAUUUUCGAGUUUGAGAUGAGUAUGUUUUAACUGAAAAAGCAUGAGCACCAGUUAAAUCUUAACAGUAUGGCAAAUAAUUUAUCGCUAUAGCAGUCAGUGUAUCCUGUUUCUUGAUACUUUUAACUGAAUUGCUGAAUAUUUUGAUAGUAUAAAAUGUUAAAUGUCUUACAGAUGGUCUGGUACAGGUUUUUGUUCUGAGCUUUUGUUGUUGGUUUUUUUUAGCUUAACAUAAAGCAGCAUCUAUUUGUUUUUUUGUUCAUUAUUCUGUUUCUAAAAUGUGCUGCUCCUCUUUCAAAAGUCCUGCUUAUCUGUACAUCAAAGAAAAAUAUUCAAAAAUACUGCCUUCAUUUUCACACACAGUGCUGAAGAUGCUGCAAGCACCAAAUCAUAGCUCAUAGAAUCAGGUCCUGAGAUAGUUACUACCAGUAAAGAGGAAUCCUUUGAGUGUAUGCCAUUGGUGAGCCGAUGAGCAUGGACCAUAGAAGGGCUCCAUGUAGAAGGUAAAAUUGGCAAAAGCAUAACAGAUUUGAAAUGUAUCCCAUACAUAAUGAUGUAGGGUAUAAUUUUUGUUUUGAUCACUUUUCAUUCUUUAAAGUAUUCUUUGUUUGACCAUAAAUGUUCCAUAAUCUGUUAAGUUUUUUAAACUGUGAUUUAAUAAUAUAAACCAUCUGUUUUACUAUAUAUUCUUCUAAACAGUCAAGCUAUUUUGCUUCAGUUUCUCAAGCCACUUAGUAUUUCAUCUGUAGCUUAACAUGUAACUUCAUUUUUGACGUGAGAAGAGGGUAGGUGUGUACCAUUUGGAUUUUGAUACUGUGGAUUUAGUGUGGGGGUGAGUCAUUUGUUCACUUCCUUUUUACAUGGUACUUUUUCCUUCAACUGUUACUCCUAAAAUAUCUUGAACAGUCUUUCAAUUGUUAAUUUAGCCUGUGGAAGGGGAUAGAGAAGAAAAAGCCAGUAUAUUGGGAUGUUGCUAGUGUGUAGAAGGUGAGAUGUUCUUGUGUGUAGCAUUUGAGGUGUAUUGGCUUCCAGCUUUCUCACUGCAGGGCUUACAGGCAUGCUGGUUUGUGCAGAGCAUAGUGUUUCUUCUUCAACUCUUUCUCCAAACUCUGAGUUCCUGGGACAACAGUAGAUUAUUGGAGUUACCAGUAGCCAAAAAGAUAACUGGACUUCCUUAGAAAUGCAGUGAACUUGUCCAAAAAGUGUCUUGAAAUGUUUCCUGCUUACCCCACCCUCACCGCUUAAUGUCCCACAAUGCAUGUGAAGAGUAAGAAAAGUUUAAAAAGGAAGCAUAAUGUUCCAAGUAGGAAAAGCAUUUUCAUGUCACUUUCUGCAGCCUAUACUCUAUUAGGACGUGCAAUAAAAUACCAGGUGGAUACUCUUCAGUGUAGCUUAAGUAUAAGCCAUCUGUUUCACUUGUCCAGGCAGACAGGAUCACGAUUCACUUGCAGUCUAUCUUGAAGUAUUUCAUCUUUACACUAGUGGUAUUUUAUUGAAUGGUAGAAACUGUUUCUCCCCUAUUCUUUUCCAAAGUAAUUCUUAAGUUCUCCAUUGCAUGCUAAAAGCUUUUCCAUUUUGCUUUUUAUCCUGGAAGUGGGGGGAGGAAGGGAGGACUGGGCUUUUCAGAAAGCAUACAAUUGACAGGAUUCCCUCUGCCUUAGUAAUAGCAUAUGAAAUUCUUGUGUAUGCACAAAUAUUUCUCUUGCGUGCAUGUGAAAUGCCUUUUCGUCCUGAGAAAAGUGUUCUCUGCAGAAACUACCCGUGUGUAAACAGAAGAUUGGCUUUAAAAGGCAACUGUGAUGGGAACAGUGUCUUAGGGAGAUGCAGCUUGGACUUGAGGUAAAUUGAAUGCUUUACAAAAAUGUGGUUUUGAGCUUGCAUUGAUACUGUAUGUAAUAUGGGUACACAUUAACUGUAUAAUGGUUUUUGUAUGGUUUUUCUCAAUAAAUGUAAACUGACGAAUAAUAA